GCCCCGCGGCCAGGGUGGCCCUUUAAAAGGCAGUGUCUUGUCCGGCGGGGGGCGCUGACCCGCGCCCGAGGCCCGGCCCCUCCGUCCCCUCCCCCCGCCCUCGGCGCGGCCCUCCCUCGGUCCCCGCGUAGCUCGCCGGGCGCACGCUCCGCCUCCCGUCAGUCGGCCGGGCCGUGUGGUGCGCGGCGCGGAGCGGGAGCCGGAGCCGGAGCCGGGGCCGGACGCGCGGCUGGGGCUAGGGCUGGGGGCUGGGAGCGCGGUGCGCACGGCCUCCCCGCGCGACUUCGGCGCCCGCCGUGGGCUGAGGCCUCCGCCGCGAUGGCCGAAAUGGGCAGCAAGGGGGUGACGGCGGGGAAGAUCGCUAGCAACGUGCAGAAGAAGCUCACCCGCGCACAGGAGAAGGUCCUGCAGAAGCUGGGGAAGGCAGACGAGACCAAGGAUGAGCAGUUUGAACAGUGCGUCCAGAACUUCAACAAGCAGCUGACCGAGGGUACCCGGCUGCAGAAGGAUCUCCGGACCUACCUGGCAUCUGUCAAAGCCAUGCACGAGGCCUCCAAGAAGCUGAAUGAGUGUCUGCAGGAGGUGUACGAACCCGACUGGCCCGGCAGGGACCAGGCCAACAAAAUCGCCGAGAACAACGACCUGCUAUGGAUGGAUUACCACCAGAAGCUGGUGGACCAGGCGCUGCUGACCAUGGACACCUACCUGGGCCAGUUCCCCGACAUCAAGUCACGCAUUGCCAAGCGGGGGCGCAAGCUGGUGGACUAUGACAGCGCCCGGCACCACUACGAGUCCCUUCAGACGGCCAAGAAGAAGGAUGAGGCCAAGAUUGCCAAGCCUGUCUCGCUGCUUGAGAAGGCCGCCCCCCAGUGGUGCCAAGGCAAACUGCAGGCUCACCUCGUAGCCCAAACUAACCUGCUCCGAAAUCAGGCCGAAGAGGAGCUGGUCAAAGCACAGAAGGUGUUUGAGGAGAUGAACGUGGACCUGCAGGAGGAGCUGCCCUCGCUGUGGAACAGCCGUGUGGGGUUCUAUGUCAACACGUUUCAGAGCAUCGCUGGCCUAGAGGAGAACUUCCACAAAGAGAUGAGUAAGCUCAACCAGAACCUCAAUGACGUGCUGGUCAGCCUGGAGAAACAGCAAGGCAGCAGCACCUUCACGGUCAAGGCCCAGCCCAGCGACAACACCCCUGCCAAGGGGAAUAAGAGUCCGUCGCCUCCCCCAGACGGCUCCCCUGCUGCCACCCCGGAGAUCACGGUCAACCACGAGCCAGAGCCAGCCAGCGGGGCCACCCCCGGGGCCACCCUCCCCAAGUCCCCGUCUCAGCUCCGGAAAGGCCCACCUGUCCCUCCGCCUCCCAAACACACCCCGUCCAAGGAGAUCAAGCAGGAGCAGAUCCUCAGCCUGUUUGAGGACACGUUUGUCCCCGAGAUCAGCGUGACCACCCCUUCCCAGUUUGAGGCCCCAGGCCCUUUCACGGAGCAGGCCAGCCUGCUGGACCUGGACUUCGACCCCCUCCCGCCCGUGGCCAGCCCUGUGAAGGCACCCACACCCUCUGGUCAGUCAAUCCCGUGGGAUCUCUGGGAGCCCACAGAGAGUCCAGCGGGCAGCUUGCCUUCCAGGGAGCCCAGUGCUGCCAAGGGUACCUUUGCUGUGGCCUGGCCCAGCCAGACAGCUGAGCCGGGGCCCGCCCAACCAGCAGAGGCCUCGGAGGUGGAGGGGGGGACCCAGCCUGCGGCCGGAGCCCAGGAGCCUGGGGAGACGGCAGCAAGCGAAGCAGCCUCCACCUCCCUUCCCGCUGUGGUGGUCGAGACCUUCUCAGCGACCGUGAACGGCACCGUGGAGGGCAGCAGCACAGCUGGACGCCUGGACCUGCCCCCAGGCUUCAUGUUCAAGGUACAGGCACAGCAUGACUACACGGCCACUGACACCGACGAGCUGCAGCUGAAGGCGGGCGACGUGGUACUGGUGAUCCCUUUCCAGAACCCGGAGGAACAGGAUGAAGGCUGGCUCAUGGGCGUGAAGGAGAGUGACUGGAACCAGCACAAGGAGCUGGAGAAGUGCCGGGGCGUGUUCCCCGAGAAUUUCACAGAGCGGGUGCAGUGAGCGCGACCCUGGGAGGAUAUGUGUUCCUUUUUCCUUGUUUUCUGUUUUUGUUUUUAAAAUCUCAAGAAGCAAAGGAACAUGGCCGGGGAGGUUAGGCCUGGGCCCAGAGGUGUGCUCUCUCUCUGUCUCUCUCUCACCACAGGUGAGCACGUUUUACUGAGAGCCUGGCCCCAGCCAGCCUGGUGGUGGGGUGGUCGGAGUCCCCGAAGCUGCUGUGUCCUCCCAAUCCCUGUCCCUGGUCAUUGAACUCCCAGCGUCCCCGCCUAUGCCCGCAUGUGUGCCCGGCCGCUGGGCAGAGCUGGGGGCUGCUGAAUGGGGUCCAGACGUCGGCCUAGCCUGGCCCCGCCCCGCAGACCACCGUGUGCUGUUUGAAAAUAAACCCCAGUGUUUAAAACAAGAGGAAACAAACAAAACCGACAAAGCCCUGGA